GUUGAGAUGAUCAACCUCCGAGACUGGAAGGUUUGGUGUGGAACUCUCCUGUCUCUCUUUGUCACUUACCUCCUUCACCAUAUUGUAUUUGAUGUUCCCCGUCACUCACCCUUCACUAAACUCUGGGCUGGACUCCUUACUCCAGUAUGUGGAGUGUCAGCUAUAGUGUGCUUCGAUUUAGCACGACGGAAAUCAUCGACCUUCCACACAACCCGCAGCAAGUUUGACCAUUAUGUCGCCAUUGCUGGCCUUUCAUGGAUGGGUUGGUUUGCCCGAAGAAAAAUGGAUAAAUCCUGUAAAGACAUUGUGGGAACACAAAACAAUCUUCUCCAAAGUCAUUUGAAAGAGAAUGCUGAGACUCAGUAUGGGAGGAAGUAUGGAUUUUCUGAUAUACACAGCAGGGAGGACUAUGUUAAGCAACUUCCACUGACAUAUAUUUCCCACUAUGAUCCCUACAUUCAACAGAUGAUGAAGGGAGAGGAGAAAAUACUCACUACUCGACCACCAGUCAUAUUUGCUGUCACCUCAGGGACUUCUGGGAAAUCCAGUAUUCUACCAAUGACUGGGAAGCAGAGGUUAUUGUUCUUUAUUCAGGGCAUCUCAGUGGCUUAUCAUAGCUUGCUGAGGGAAUUUCCAGAAAACAAUAAUCUUCAGAAAACACUGAAAUUUUUCUACACACCACAAUGGAGGAAAUCAGAGUGUGGGAUUCUAAUAGGCCCUAAUUCGUCAUCACCCACUAACUCUAAACAUCUACUAAACAUAUACUCUACUCCAAAAGCUGGAUUUGAAAUUCUUAGUGAACCAGAGGCAUUAUAUAUACAUUUGUUGUUUGGAUUGAGAGAUAAAAGUUUGGGUAUGCUAGAAGCCAAUUUUUCCUCCAUUAUUCUGUCCUCAUUUGAUGCUCUCUAUCAGAACUGGUCUGAACUUGCUGAUGAUAUUGAGAGAGGUGAAGUGAAUCCUAAGCUCGAUAUUGAAGAAUCAAUCAGAAAUGAACUAAACUCAUGUUUAACACCAGAUCCGCAAAGGGCCAAAGAAAUCCGAGAGAUAAUGAAAACAAAAAGUAAAGUUGGGAUUGGUAAACUGUUAUGGCCUGAUUGUAAUCUUGUUUUAGCUGCAGACUCAGGUAGUUUUGACCUCCCCGCCAAGAUAUUGAGGGAGACGUAUUGUAAAGGGAUUCCCAUUUAUUCUCCACUGUAUGCAGCUUCUGAGGGUCUCCUGGGACUCAAUAUCUGGCCAAAGAAACACCCCAGUCAAUAUGUGCUGGCUGCACAAUCUAUUUUCUUUGAGUUUAUUCCUGUAGAGCUUUCAAAUGAGGAUCAACCCAAGACCUUCUUUAUGGACGAGGUUGAGAAAGGAAAGGAAUAUGAACUUGUAAUAACUAAUGCCAGUGGCCUGUGUCGAUAUCGCUUUGGUGACAUAGUCAAAAUGGUGGAUUUCUACUAUCAGUGUCCUGUCAUAGAAUUUAAGCACAGAAAGGGUCAGUUUUUGAAUGUACGAGGGGAGAAGACAUCAGAGUCCCUCUUUUACCAAGCCCUGACAGAAGCAGAGUCUGCCUGGUUUCCACAGAAACUUCUGAACUAUUGUUGUGUAGAGAGUCUCUUGAUUGAUGACAAAGGAAGCAGUUAUGCCCCUUUCUAUCAUCUGUUCCUGGAACUUGAAGAUGAUUCCAAACUUUUAACACAAAAACAAAGAGAAGUGGUUGACAAAGAAUUGUGUUCUCGAUCCUACGUGUACAAGUCAUUUAGGGAUAAAGGCAGCAUUCAGCCAGUCAGAGUUCAUCAAGUUAAAUCUGGGACAUUUGAAGAACUGCGUAAAUUUACCAUCAACAACACACAGGCUUCAGCUAAUCAGUACAAAGUCCCUAGGGUCCUAAAAACUAAGGAGACAGUCAAUGUUCUCCUUCAGAAUGUCUUUGAUAAUAAAUAAGUUGUGACCCCCCUCCCCCAUCUGAAGGUACUCACGAACAAAAACAAAAAUUCAAAAAUAAAGAGAAAAGGAACAAGAUUUGUCCUCAGGAAGUUGAUUUAAUAUCUGAUAUUAAAUAUCUGUUGUUUAAGGCCAAUUUUUUUUUAUCUCUGGCAUCCAAAUCUUGUCUAUAAUAUAAAAAUACAUAUAAUUUUCAUUAUUUUUAAACAUGAUUAUUCCCAUUGUUAAUUUACUGAUGACAAACCUUUGAAAGGACUUCCUUGAAAAUUUUGAAUCUCAAUGUGCACAAUUGUUGAUUUUUUAAUGAGUAUAAGUUACCAGAUGCUGUGCAUUCAAAGCUAAAAAACUCUGUCUAAAUAUAGAAUCUGGAAAUAUAAAUGUAGAAAUGUGGAAUUAACCUGUUGUAAUUAUAAAUGUACUAGAAAUGUCAAUCAGUGAUUUCUUUUUAAGUUUUAAGUAUAUGUGAUAUUUAUUUACAUGUACAUAUAUUUUAUUAUACAUUUCCAUAUGAUGUUGUUAUAAAUUUGCAUUACCCAAGAAGUCUUAUUUCUUAAA